UCAGAGCAGGAAAUGGAAACUAAUAAACGACUGAACCUUUCCCUUUUCUCGUCUCUUAUUUUGACUCUUCUAGCUAUAACAAGUCAUGCAUUUUCAAUUAGAGAAGCAACCAUAAAUGACCUCCAACUUGCUUUUAAGCAAAACCAACUCACCUCCAGGAAACUGGUUCAGUUCUAUGUUGGAGAAAUCCGUAGACUCAAUUCAGUCCUCAAUGGACUCAUAGAAAUAAAUCCUGAUGCCCUUUACCAAGCUGAUAAGGCAGACUACGAGCGCAGCGUUAAUGCACCAGGUUCACUGGUUGGCUUGCAUGGAAUUCCUGUUCUUCUCAAGGAUAACAUUGGAACAAAGGAUAGGCUGAACACAACAGCUGGUUCAUUUGGACUGUUUCGAUCAGUAGUGCGUCGAGAUGCAGGUGUUGUGAUGAAGUUAAGGAAAACAGGAGCUAUCAUUUUGGGAAAGGCUAGCAUGACUGAAUGGGCUGCUUUUAGAUCACUUAAACUGCCAAAUGGAUUUAGUGCUAGAGGUGGACAAGGAAAGAACCCUUAUGUACUAUCGGCAGAUCCCUGUGGGUCAAGUAGUGGACCAGCAAUAUCAGUAGCAGCAAAUUUGGUAGCAGUGUCAGUAGGGACAGAGACUGAUGGAUCCAUCUUAUGCCCUUCCAAUGCCAACUCAGUAGUUGGUAUAAAACCAACAGUUGGUCUUACAAGCCGAGCUGGGGUAGUCCCAGUUUCUUUCAGACAGGACACCGUUGGGCCUAUCUGCAGGACUGUAUCGGAUGCUGUGUAUGUUCUUGAUGCUAUUGUAGGUGAAGAUUACAAUGAUGGUGCAACCAAGGAAGCAUCUCAGCACAUUCCAUACGGUGGCUACAAGCAAUUCCUGAAGCCUUAUGGGCUUAAAGGGAAGAGACUUGGGGUAGUAAGGAAUCCAUUCUUGAGCUUUGCCAGUAAUGCCGAGAGUCAAACUUUCGAGUACCAUCUCCAAACAUUAAGACAAGGAGGUGCUAUUAUUGUAGACCAUCUGGAAAUAGCCAACAUCAAUACUAUCUUAAAUCCUAACGCAAGUGGAGAAGCAACAGCAUUGUUGGCUGAGUUUAAAAUAUCCUUAAAUGCAUACUUGGAAACGCUGGUGGCUUCCCAAGUCCGAAGUUUGGCUGAAGUUAUAAAGUUCAACCAAGAAUUUGCAGAUGUGGAGAAGAUAGAGGAAUUUGGCCAAGACAUCUUUCUUGCAGCCCAGGCCACAAAUGGAAUAGGCAAGGCAGAGAGAGCAGCAUUGCUGAAUUUAGCGAAACUGACAAGAGAUGGAUUUCAGAAAUUGAUGUGGGAUAAUAAGCUAGAUGCAUUAGUAACUCCUGGUGCAGGAGUUGCUCCUGUUCUUGCAAUUGGAGGAUUCCCAGGAAUCAAUGUCCCUGCAGGAUAUGAUUAUGCAGGGGUGCCUUUCGGCAUAAACUUUGGAGGACUGAAGGGUACUGAACCUAAGCUGAUUCAGAUUGCUUAUGGCUUUGAACAAGCUACUAAGAUUAGAAAGCCUCCUACAUUCAAGGCUUGAAACUUCGUGUGCAAAAGAAAUUCUUUGGAUAUGAAUAAAUUGUCAUGGAACAUUGGAAGAAUUAAAAAAUUCUUCCCUA